AUGCUGGUGACUCUCUGCACUCUCAUCACUGCUCUGACAUGUGUGAGUGGAGUGACGGUGGUGACACAGAAGCCUCCUGUAAUGACAGAGAGGACAGGAGAGACAGCCAGCAUGGACUGUAACCUGGGGACUGUUACCAACCAUGUUGCUUACUGGUACAAACAGAUUCCAGGAGGAGUUCCUCAGUUUGUAUUAUAUUUUCACCACACUCAUAGCUCUCCAACCUAUGGCUCUGGUUUCUCCUCAUCCAAGUUCACAUCCACUCAUCAGUCACAAACAGAUUAUCGUUUGAUAAUCAGCAAUGUGGAGGAGGGAGACUCAGCAGUCUAUUACUGUAAAACAUGGGACAGCUCUGUUGAUGAGUACGCAUUCGGACAAGGAACCAAGCUGAUGGUCACAAGCUCCAGCCUCCGUCCUCCUGUCCUGACAGUCUUCCCUCCGUCCAGCGUUGAACUCCAGUCCAACAAAGCCACUCUGGUCUGUCUGUCCAGUCAGUCUGGGCCUUUUGCAGAUGUCACCUGGUCGGCUGCUGGGAGUCCAGUGAGCAGUGGGAUCUCCACCAGCACCGCUGUUCAGAAACCAGACCAGACUUUCCAAAUCAGCAGCUCUCUGGACAUCCAGACGUCAGACUGGAACAUGGAUAAGGUUUACACAUGUAAGGUGUCUAUGGGGUCCCAGACUGCAGAGAAGAACAUCAACAAGUCAGGCUGUUCCACUCAAGAAUAGAGCGUCUGAGAUUUGCUUCUUUACUGUUUGUGCUCUUUGCUCGUUACAACUUUUAGAUAUUAGAAUAUGUACUAGUCAUCUAUGUUCUUUCUGUUAAGUCAGGUCUUUUCUUCAGCUUUGCAAUUGAUCCACUCAAUAAACAUAAAAAUGUUUUCAAA